AUGAUCAGAUCACCUUCAGAUCUUCAGAUCAGCAUCAGAUCAUCAGAUCAUCAUCAGAUUUCCUUCAGAUCUUCAGAUCAUCAUCAGAUUAUCAUCAAAUCAUCAUCAGAUCAUCUUCAGAUCAUCUUCAAAUCACCUUCAGAUCAUCAUCAGAUCAUGAUCAAAUUAUCUUCAGAUCAUCAGAUCUUCAGAUCAACUUUAGAUCUGAUGAUCAUCAGAUCAUCUUCAGAUCAUCAUCAGAUCAUCAUCAGAUCAUCAUCAGAUCAUCAUCAGAUCAUCAUCAGAUCAUCAUCAGAUCAUCAUCAGAUCAUCAUCAGAUCAUCAUCAGAUCAUCAUCAGAUCAUCAUCAGAUCAUCAUCAGAUCAUCAUCAGAUCAUCAUCAGAUCAUCAUCAGAUCAUCAUCAGAUCAUCAUCAGAUCAUCAUAA